AGUCAAUAUCAAUGUCACUCACUGAAUAUCACUCUAUCGCAUUACAUUCCACCUCCCGAUCUCAAACAGCGGACAACGCAGCUAAACGAUUCUUGAAGCUUCCAAACUACGUCACAGCCACUGAGGAGUAGACAUUUUGCAUCGCAAAAAAAGAUUUUUUAACCGCACUCUUAGACUGCCAACUAGGGCGUACACACAAUGAAGACAUGCGCACUACUAUUCGUUGUUGUCAUGGCAACAGUUGUCAUGACAGUGGGUGCAAUGGAGGACGAGAGCGACGAUUGGUUUGAGAACCUUUUACAAGAAUACAAGAGGAGGCCAAAACCACCACCAAGGGGACCCGCACAAAAUGGAAAACCAAUGCCUGACAGAUCUGUUCUAGAGCAAAUCAAAAGAACGUGUGAAACUUCAUCCCCACGUGGUGCACUUCGGUCUAACUGCAUAAAAACACUACUGAGACCGUACAUUGAACCAUUAUCGUGUCUUGGCUACGGAAAGAGUUGCAAAAUUACCAAUCGCCAGAAUAAUUGCUGCCGAGGCUUGGGUUGCUACGCUGGGUCCGGGAACGACUGCGUCGGGUCUAGAAAUUGCUUCUGCCGGAAAACCCCCGAGCUGAAAUACGUCUAUUACAUGGUGUAGAUUUAACACUACCGGUGUAACACCCAAGAGAAUCCGGCACACAUUUGACAUUUUAUAAACUACCCAGAUAAUAUGUGUAUCACUAUUGAUGAUACCUUAAAGGCAGUGGACACUAUUGGUAUUACUCAAAUAAUUAUUAUCAUAAAACCUUUCUUGAUUAUGAGUAAU